GUUGCUAUGAAGAAUCGAUCAUGGCUUCAGUUAGAACUCGACCAAAUAUUUUGGUGACGGGAACUCCAGGAACUGGUAAAACUGUAACGGCGAGUGAGCUGGCACAAAAGACAGGACUGAACUACAUUAAUGUGGGCGAUUUGGCGAAAGAGAAAGACUUGUAUGACGGAUGGGAUGACCAAUAUAGGUGCCAUGUGCUGCAUGAAGACAGGGUGAUUGAUGAAUUGGAGGAUCAGAUGAGUGAAGGCGGUAACAUUGUUGAUUAUCAUGGUUGUGACUUUUUUCCAGAGAGGUGGUUUGAUAUUGUAUUUGUGUUACGAACAAACAACGCAAUACUUUAUGAAAGGCUUGAAAAAAGGGGCUACAAAGGGAAAAAGUUAACUGAAAAUGUGGAAUGUGAAAUUUUUCAAACAAUACUUGAAGAAGCUAGGGAAAGUUACAGAAACGAAAUAGUUCAUGAACUGCAAAGUGACUCUCCUGAACAACUAGAAACAAAUCUUGAGCAAAUAGAAGCUUGGAUUCAACAGUGGUCCACCUAGCAGUAAUGGAUUGUUUUCAACUUAACUUAUUUUUUACAAUGAUAAUUUGUGGAAACACUAAGGUUUUAAAACAUUGAAGAAGACUGAAUUGAAUUAUGUUAUUGUUAAGCAUUAAAGAUGCCUAAAGGGGUGCAAUAAAGAGGUGUUACUUCAUCACAAGGCAUUACUGGACAGGCUCAACUGUGUUGGAUGAUAACAAGCAAUAUCAAGUGCUCAUCAAUGCUGUAAUAUAAUGGUCUCUUUUGGCACUCUGUGAGGAGCCAAAUGUCAUGGUCAGCCAUCAUAAUGAAAUGUGUUUUGUGUCAAUUUUGAUUUCAAACGUAGCAGAAGAGAUUCUUAAUAAAAGAAAAUAAAUG